AUGGCGGACAAGGAUCCCUUCAAGCAGCUAAAAGAUCUAGCUGUACUCAAAGACCAGCUUGAUAGCAUUCAGCGACGUGUGGAAGAUGAAGUUCAGGUUGGAAUGCCUCAGGGCGGUAGCGUGCUGGCCUCACCCUUCCUCAAGGGCUUCUUGGCAGGAUACGUUGUGGCAAAGUUUCGUUCCUCUGCUGUUAUGGGAGUAGUUGUGGGAACCUGCACUGGCAUUUACGUGGCUCAAAACUAUAAAGUUCCCAAUGUGGAGCAGACACUGAAAGACUUCUUCGGCAAAAAGAGAAAAUAGCGUCUCAACAACAUUGAAACGACAUCCCUUCAUCUGUUUCAAGAAGAAACCUA